AUGGAACGAGAGAACGGAGAGAGCUGGGUUCCACUCGGUCAAAACGGGACGUCAAACUUCACCCCUGCGAACCUCCACCUAGAUUUUCAGAACAGUUCUUCUCCAUCUGGUGUUUGGGAUGACAGUCAGGCUAACGAGAUGACACAUGUGGACAACAUUCACUUCAGUCAGGAGAAAGCGUACAGAGACUUUGCCACUACAGUUCAAGUCUUCAUCCUCGUAGGGUCCCUCCUGGGUAAUGCCACUGUGCUGUGGUGCACCUGCUGCACCAACGUCUUUAAAUCCGUCACCAGCCGAUUCAUCAAAAACCUGGCGUGCUCAGGCAUCUGUGCCAGCCUGGUGUGUGUGCCCUUUGACGUGGCGCUCAACGCCAGCCCGCGUUGCUGUUUGUGGCUGCACACACUCGUCCUCUGUAAAUCCAUCAAAUUCCUGCACAAGCUCUUCUGCUCUGUCACCAUCCUCAGUUUUACAACCAUCGCCCUGGACAGGUAUUACUCUGUGUUGUAUCCCCUGGAGAGGAAAAUAUCGGACGCUAAAUCCAGAGACCUGCUCAUAUAUAUUUGGGUGCACGCCGUCAUUGCCAGCGUGCCCGUGUUUGCCGUCACCAACGUCACGGACGUAUACGCCAUGUCCUCCUGCUCGGACGGCCACUCGUUGGGUCAGGUGAUUUACGUGGUGGCUUACAACGUUACCACGGUAAUCCUGCCCCUGGCGGCGGUGUUUCUGGCGAUGGCGUUGAUCCGUAGGGCUCUGAGCGCCAGUCAGAAAAAGAAAGUGAUUAUCGCAGCCCUACGCACCCCACAAAACAGCAUCUCCAUCCCUUACGUUUCACAACGAGAGGCUGAACUACACGCCACUCUGCUCUCUGUAGUGCUGGCCUUUGCACUCUGCAGCACUCCUUACGGGGCACUGGUGGUGUACCAUUCUUUGCUGGGAGUCACGGAAGUGUCUCUGUCCCUACGUUUGACGGCUGUCUGGCUUCCCAAAGUCUCUCUGCUCACCAACCCGCUCCUGUUCCUCACGGUGAACCGCUCGGUACGGCGGCAUCUGUUGGACGCGUUGGCGCGCCUACAUCGGCGCUACAGCCGUCGGAACGCCGUCAGCAUGGGGGGUCUCGCUGGGGAGGUUGGUGCCCUGAGUGGGGAAGGGGUGGGUCGUUCAGGUAGUCAGCUCCUGGAGAUGUUCAACAUCGGGCAACAGCAGAUUUUCAGGCCCAGCGAGGAAGAGGAUGAGGAUGAAGAGAACGAGAUUCCAUCUGGAGGUUCUGCCUGUUAUCCACCCAAAGAGGAUAAGCAAGAAGUGGUUGUAGGGGUGGCUAAGAGAGGAGGCACAGAGGGGACUCAGCAGCCGUCCAACAAGGAGGUGGGGCGAGAGGCAGGGCCUGUGGUGCCUAAGCCCUCCCCUACUCAUGCCUGUGCUUACUCCGCCUCUCAGGUCGCUCCUGCCACGCCCACAGACCCAGAGGAUGCUACCCAGUUUGGAUUUGGACCAUUUGAGCUCCCCCCACAGUGGCUCCCAGAGACCAGAAACAGCAAGAAGAGACUCCUACCUCCUCUGGGGAACACCCCUGAAGAGUUGAUUCAAACCAAACAGCCCAGGACACGCCCAGAGCGACGUAUCAGCAGGAAUAACAAAGUCAGCACUUUCCCCGUUGUAGACCCAUAA